CCCCAGAGGUGGAAGUGCGAGCAGGAGGCCAAGACCCCCGCCGGCACCUGGGGUGGCCUCUCCCCGCGCAAAGAGGAUGAAGACCUCAACAACGUGCUGGAUUUUAUCCUUUCCAUGGGCAGCGACAGCUACGGCCAGGGCGCAGCCGGUGGGGACUACCCCCCAGCCCAGGGGGAGAGCGGUGGCUUUUACCAGACAAACCCGUCCCCGGGAUGCUACAGUGCCCUGGAGCAGGGCAGUCCCCCGCCCUACAACGCCGGCAUCGUGCCGGAGAUGAUCCGCUCCGAGAUGGACUCCAACUACUGCCCUCCUGGCAACGUCCACGGGCGGUUCUUCGUGACGCCCAGCUUCGGGGGCCCGCAGUUUGUUGAGAACAUUAAGCCCGAGCCUGACAUGGACAAUUAUGGACCAGUCCUGGGUCUGGUGCCCCAGGCUUGCCCGAAGAUCAAGCAGGAGGGCAACGCGACCUGCAUGAUGGCCUACGAGCAGCCCCGGGUGGCCAACUCCCCCCAGAUCCCUGGGGCAGAGACGCCCCCGCUGAGCCCUGACGAUCUCAUGGUGAAUGACUGCCACACGCAGAUGAUGUGCCCCUCCUCCGUGUCCUUCCAGCAAAGCUACCACCCGGCCUCCAGCUUCCACCAUCCGCAGCCCCAUCUCCAGUACCAGAACACCUCCCAGUUUGGUCUUUUCGAGGACAACCUGCCCUUACAACCCUCCGCUCCCAGAGGCAUGCUCACCCCUCCUUCCUCUCCUCUGGAGCUGCUGGACUCCAAACCAAAAAGAGGACGUCGGUCCUGGCCACGGAAGAGGACGGCCACUCACACGUGCACCUACGCGGGUUGCGGGAAGACUUACACCAAGAGUUCGCACCUGAAGGCCCACCUCAGGACGCACACAGGUGAAAAGCCCUACCACUGCAACUGGGAAGGCUGCGGCUGGGAGUUCGCUCGCUCCGACGAACUCACCCGUCACUAUCGCAAGCACACCGGCCACCGGCCCUUCCAGUGCCACCUCUGCGACCGGGCGUUCUCCAGGUCGGACCACCUGGCUUUGCACAUGAAACGGCACAUGUAGCCCCAGCGGCUCCGACCUGCCGACAGCGGACGUUAUUUAACUGCUCAGGUGCAGAAGCGUUAAAAACUUGUAGCUGGUACUACGUAGGGAGGCACCGACGCUC